AUGGCCAAAGUAUCCACACCCUCCGACAGAACGCACGUUGAUCACCUGAAUAUUACAACCCUUCAACACGCAGAUCAGCAGACGAACGCGAACCUCGGUAUAACCCGGAUCCACACGCGUAUCACGGGGAGCAUGAUCGAGUUGAACGCCUCGUUGUCUAUUGCACCUUGCAGACACUCAAAUUCAAAUGGGGUCACUCACUUCGCACGUCAUCCCACGCCCCCCACCAGAACACUCGCGCCCCAACCCCGAAAGCUCAAGCUCAAGGCUGAAUGGAAUAAUUCACCCUCGGCCGCUUCGAUCCGAUGUCCAUCCAAGAGAAUCUACAAUGAGAGAAAUGUCUUUCACUGGGAUACGACGCCUCAGGAGAUGUUACGGUUUAUUCCGUGGUCCUUUUCCUGGCGCGUUUGGCAGGCUCCAUAUAGAAAACUCGGAAACAUGGUCCGUAGGUGGCUGUUUGUUCAGCCCUUGCCCCUUACGCGAGAUAGGGUGGUUGCGUACCCUUGGUCCUUUUUGGUCGGAUCGCAAGAGGAAAUGUCAAAGACUACCAUCACUGCCUGUUUGCGUUCAGGACGAACUUCUCAAGCAUUUACCAAUCCGAGAGGGAAGAAUUUCGAUUAUGCUUUCUAUACUUCAAUUUCGCCGGGCCAUGUCGGCUUGGAACCUAGCCCGGCCCGCCUGCACUUUCGAUAA